AUAUUUUAUUUCAGUGAAUUGCAUACGUCUGCCGUUUAUAAGUGAAUGGAUAGACAUGAAAGCCAUUUCUGGCACAAGUCCAAUAACAGUGUCACAUCCAUUCAACGAAAUUCCCGCCAAAGUGGAUGUUCAGGUCAAGGUCACCGAAAAUGGAAAGGAAUAUAUUUUUCCGGGAUUGGGUUCAAUACAAAGAGACAACGACAUCAACACACCGUAUGGGGGCGUGGCUUACACGUAUAACGAGACCAGUGUUCUCUUAAUUGUUCCCAAAGGAAAAAAUAUCGGCAGAGUAAUUUAUACAGGUGGUUUGUCUUAUAACGGAGUGUUCGAUGGGUCUUUCAUUUCGGCCAAAGUUCGUGUCAGAGUUUGGCGAUUAUUUGACUGGCCAAAACCAGACUUUGUACAUAACUGUAACCUUAGCAUAUCGACAGCUGAACCAUAUAAACUGGUGACGCAUUCUUUGAGAAGACAGCCUGAUUUUGUAACAGUACAGGUGAUGUUGAAUGAUGGCUUUGUUUCUGAAGGACAAGGUGUCACAACCGUCACGGAGGAUGACUCUGGAACUAACCAUGUCUGUGGUGUUUUGUUUGGAAUAUCAACAACCUCAAUUACAUUAUGGGUUCCGAGUAAAAAUAGGGACUAUGUAAUAUGCUACAAUGAUGGAUGGGGGGAUAUAGCAAGGAUGUAUGAUUCUGCACUGGUCGUCAUCAGAGCAUGGGUACUAUCUUCUGCUGACGUUGUCCAACGGGAAACAUUUCCUUACUCACGUGGGGAUGUUUUUAAAGGAACAAUCCCAUUAAUGUGUAACCUCGAUCCCGAUAGCCACAUGGUCAUUGUUGAGAUUAAAGAUGCUACGAUAAGUGAUGGGAAAGUGUUUUAUGCCGCCGGUACAGCAAGUUUAGGAAAUAUAAAUGACCCAUUUGGAGGCGUUGUCUUUGGUUAUAACCAGACCGACGUGCUAUUGUGGACGCCAUCUGUUACAAAUGGUCAUCUUAUCUACGUGGAUGGAAUUUGGGGAGAUGGUACUGAAACAAUGGAAAUUAAUACUGUCCAAAUAUCUGUGACUAUUGUGUCUACUAGCAAUUCAGUGAACAAUUUCACUGCAAUCAACAUUGACGAUUUGGUGCAAGACCUAACCGUUUCUAAGAAAACAACAAGUACACAUGUACGAAGCCUCACCAGUGCCUAUGAUCCGCGCCCCAGCGCUAAGGCAAUGGGAGCAGUUGGUAUAACUGUGCUGUGUCUUGUACUCGGAUUAAUUAUUUUAGCAGACUGUGAUCUUUUAGUUCGAAAGUUUUGUUUGAAAAACGACAGAAAUUGAAAUAAAUAUUUAUAAAAUCCAAAAGAUGAAGAUAUUGUUAGGAUAAUUCUUCUUG